GUGGGUUCAAUAUGCCACACCUGCGCUGUUUAGGGGAAGCUGCACAUGGUGGCAUUGGGUGGACAGGCAGCAGAUGACGGUGGAAACACAGAGGCAUCUCACCUUUUUCUGGAACAUACAGCAGGCACUCCAAUCCAUCUCCACAUCAAGGGCAGGAGCCAAUGAGUGGAGCACUGAAAAGUACUAUCCUCAGCCAUACUCUAGUGGCAAAGUGGUCUUGAAGUGCUUGGUGAAAUUUCCACCAUUCCUUCCUUGAGCAAGAUCUUGAGGCUCCCUUGGCUCAAAGAGAAGGUGAGAUCUGCAAAGACAUCAUCUUUGACUCUGCGACCUCCAAGAAGAACUUACAGACCCAUACCUGCAUUUCUAGAAUGUGCCAAAUGGGAGUGCCAGAGAAGGGAGCUGUCUCAGCAAUGGUGGCUGAUGGUGCCAAGGCCAUUGUGUCUGGAGUACUUGUACUGCUGGCUCACAGACGGUGGUCCCAGAGAUACUUGUGGGAAGCUAGUUUUACCUUUGUGAUUCUGAGCACUAUGGGAUGUCCGAUUCAUUUUGCAAUAGCCUUGGAAUCUGCCCUCCUCGGCCCAUACUGCCUCUACUCAUUUUCAGGGAUUGCGGGAACCAAUUAUCUGGGUUAUGCAGUUACCUUCCCUUUUCCUUAUACGAAAUUCCCAUCAGUCUGCGUGGACCCACUCCACUAUGAAGAGUUCCACCUGACGCUUCAAGCCCUUGACCUGGGCCUGAGCAUUGCCCUAUUCUGUGUGUCCCUGACAGUGUUCACCAAGCUUUCUGCAAGACUAAUCCAGAAUGGACACGUAAAUAGUAUGAUAAUUUAAUUUCUGAGCAAGCAAGAUGUUUCAUCCAGUAAAGAUGCGUGCUGCUAAGCCUGAUGACCUGAAUUCAAUCCCCGGAAGAAGAGAACCGACUCCCAAAAGUUGGCCUCUGACCUACAGUGGCACCUGUGCCCCCAUCCCCACACAUACAAACUAAAUAAAUG